AAAUGAUUCAUCUAAGAAAAGUGCCAAAAUACAUUGCAACUCUCAGCUUAUUACUACCAGUUCCCUUGCUCCUAAUAUUCUUAUCAACCGUCGUUUCAUCUCAUUCACCAACCCUCCACAAAACGCAGCAUCUUACAUCCUCCGGUAACACCACCGAGCUCCUCGUCGCCACUUUAAAUCAAACCAUCUCCAAGGUCAAUUUUUCUUCCUCAAACUUCUCCGACCUCCAAACGAGUCUCGGCUCAAACCUAACACAUCGCGACCGUUGCGCGUUUGGUGACUGUCUCGAGCUACUCGAUGACACCGUCUUAGAUCUCACCGCCGCUAUCUCGGAGCUCCAGUCUCCUUACCCGGUGUUCAACAGCGUCAGUAUGUUGCUCAGCGCCGCUAUGACGAAUACACGAACGUGUCUUGAUGGCUUUGCUUCUAGCGACGACGACGAGGACGAGAAUACUUAUGGCAGUAGUAAAACGUAUGGGCUUACUGAGAGCAUGAGGGAGAGUCUUUACAAUAUCUCUAGACAUGUCAGGGAAUCACUAGCUAUGCUUGAGAAUAUUCCGGGGAAAUUAGAGAAUGAUGUUGGGUUUCCGACGUGGGUCGACCGAAAACUCCUUCAGGAUCCGACAGAUGAGACUAAGAUUGAUCUGGUGGUGUCUCGAAAUGGUACCGGAAACUUCACAACCAUUGGAGAGGCCGUGUCGGCCGCUCCCAACUUGAGCGAGACCAGAUUUGUGAUAUAUAUAAAGUGUGGAGUAUAUUUCGAAAACAUUGAAAUACCGAGGGAGAAAACGAUGAUAAUGUUCCUCGGAGACGGAAUCGGACAGACAGUAAUAAAAGCUAACCGCAACGGCGCAGAUGGAUGGACAGCAUUUAACUCUGCUACUGUGGGCGUAAGAGGUAGUGGCUUCAUAGCUAAGAACAUAUCAUUCGUGAACGAUGCUGGACCGACCAAGCACCAGGCUGUGGCCUUGCGUAGCGGGUCUGACCUCUCUGCUUUCUACCGAUGCAGCUUUGAAAGUUACCAAGACACCAUUUACGUCCACUCACACAAACAGUUCUAUAGAGAAUGCAAUAUAUAUGGCACGGUCGAUUUCAUAUUUGGUGACGCAGCGGCUGUGUUCCAGAACUGUAGUCUCUAUGCUCGUAGGCCGAACCCUAACCAGAGAAUCACAUAUACUGCUCAAGGUCGAGAAGAUCCUCGUCAACCCACGGGUAUUUCUAUAAUAAACUGCAAGAUCUUGGCUGCUCCCGAUUUGGUCCCUGUGAAGACUGACUUCAAAGCAUACUUAGGUCGUCCAUGGCAAUUAUAUUCUAGAACGGUUAUUAUACAAUCGUUUAUUGAUGAUUUGGUUGAUCCUGCUGGAUGGUUGCAAUGGAAAGACGAUUUUGCUCUUGACACUUUAUAUUAUGGAGAGUAUAUGAAUGAAGGCCCCGGUUCGAACAUGACAAACCGGGUCAAAUGGCCCGGUUUUAAACGUAUCGAAACCGCAGUGGAAGCAACUAAGUUCACUGUCGGUCCGUUUAUUGAUGGUAACAAAUGGCUUAACUCUACAGGAAUUCCUUUUACUCUUGAUCUCUAAGCUUGAUCUUAUAUAUAGAAAUCUUGCAAUAAUAUUAAAAUGUAAGCAAAAUGUUUGGUAACACUU